UUCACACGGUGACUGGUACAGAAAAUCCCGCGACCUAGUACGCCACUUCCGCCACUGUUCAUACAUUGUUUGAAACGUGUUUCAAACGGUUUUGUUUUACAAAACUAUCUGAUCUAACGAAAUAAACAUGAGCAAAGCACACCCGCCCGAGCUGAAAAAGUUUAUGGACAAGAAGCUUUCACUUAAGCUCAAUGGUGGCCGUCAUGUUCAGGGCAUCUUGCGUGGAUUUGAUCCCUUCAUGAAUCUGGUCGUUGAUGACAGUAUAGAAAUGGCUCCUGGAGGACAAAUGAACUCCAUUGGGAUGGUGGUGAUUAGAGGAAACAGUAUAAUCAUGUUGGAGGCUCUUGAACGAGUAUGAGGAUGAUGCCCACUUUUUUUCCCCUGCUUUUUUUUUCUCUUUUUUUUUUUUGUAUCCAGCAAAUAUGGAAAAAAUGGAUUUCUCAUGUCUGUUCACAACAAAGACUUAAUAUUAAAGCAGAAAUCCUUGAUUGUGUUGAAAAAUAUUGUUUUAUAAACACCUUCCUUGUUUUAUGUACUUUCCUAUGUCUGUAGAAAUUUGUGUACACAAUUCAUACAUUUUUGUGAAUAAAUGGACUACAGUGUGAA